CGAUUACGUGCAUUAAUUUAAAAAUUUCUUUGAACAUUGCUCCUUAAACUCCCCCAGCAAGUAAAUUUUUCUAAAGUUAACCAAAAAUACACAAAAGGUCAAACACUACAGACUAUGAGUAAAACCGACCCAUCAUACUGUUUCUUGGUUGAAUGGUUUGAUGCGAUAUCAUCUUUGAUCAAAAGAUUUCAGCUGAUAUAUCAUACGAAGAGUUCUUCCGUGGAAAUGCAUGAAGAGAAAACUAAUAGGCUUUUUCUUAAACCCACUAGGAUUGAAGGGCUGAAACUUUUUGACUUUUAUCUGGGCAGUACAGUCACUAUACUUUCUCGCUCUCUUAAGAUUGUUGAUUAUGGAGAUGAGUUCACUAAACGUGAAUUUUUAGGUCGUUCAGAAAGAUGUGUUGUUUUUAUCCCUCCGGCCUCUGUUUUCAGGGCUGGUGAAAUAAUCGCAAUGAUGGAGGACAAAUCACUGCGAAUCAUUAAUCUAAAAAUGGUGCGUUUAAUAUCGGAUGAAUUAAAAUCUAUUUUAUAUAGCAAAACGAGCCUUUCAAACAUGACUACACUAUUAAGCGAACUGACUGGAAAGAAUCUUAUCGCCUUGGAAGUAAUGGGUACAAAUGUUUGCUCACUCCUACAUGAAUUUAUUUAUGGAUCAAAAGAAACUAGCGAAAACAUUUUAUGCAAUCCUGAUUUGUUCAUGAUCACAUCAAAUGUCGGUGACUCAUUAAAACUAGCCCAUAAAAUAUUUGGAAAUCCUGGUGGACCAAAUUUCCAUGGAGCAGCAUUACUAAAGAACACAACAUUGUGCGUUAUACGACCACACGCAGUAUCUGACGGUCUUACUGGGAAAAUUUGGAGUGCAAUUACAGAAAAAGGAUUUAGUGUGACUGCAGCUAGUUUGCAUCGUUUAUCAAAAGCAGAUUCAGCUGAUUUUUUAGAGGUCUAUAAAGGUGUAGUACAAGAAUAUCCAGAAAUGUUGGAUCAUCUGUCUUCAGGGCCCUGUAUAGCAUUGGAAAUAGAUAUUCCGGACCCCAAUGUAAAUGUCCAUCAAGCUUUCCGCGAGUUUGCUGGACCAAUAGACCCAGAAAUCGCAAAGUACUUACGACCGGAUACACUAAGAGCUAGAUUUGGAGUUAAUAAAGUCAAGAAUGCUAUUCAUUGUACCGACUUACCUGAGGAUACUGAACGUGAAGUUAACUACUUUUUCAAUAAUCUGGAUAAGUAAAACAAUGUUGAAUAUUUUUAAAAAAAGCACAUAACACUGUAGAAUUUGUGUGAAUCCCAUAAUAUUGAAGUAAUCAUCUUCUUUUGUACAUUUUUUUGUGUCGAUCAAAACACGGACAACAUCACAUUUCAGAUAAUGAUCAAUUCCAAAGUAAUAAAUAAUAUUGUUUUCCU